CGCGCGGUACGAUAACGCGCUCCGUGCUAUAAGUCAAUUGCCAUGUACGUUCGUGCUAUAAAGUACCAUUUCAAUUUCCUUAGCAGUUCUUUUUAGCACGUUUUAAAAUGCUACUGUUACUACCUCUCGUUUUGAACAGCGUUGGAACGUUAGCUUCUGGUUUUCAAGGAUUGGAGGUGAGGAUCGUUGGUGGACAAGUUGCAUCGAUUACUAAUCGUCCCUUUCAAAUAUUGAUUUACCGCAAAACUCCUAAAUUCACGAUUCCUGGCUGCGGAGGUUCCAUCAUUACUCGUCGUUGGGUGGUGACAGCAGCUCACUGCAUCGCUCGAGUAGCUGUUAACGAGACGCUCAUCCGAGCAGGGUCAGACGACAUCGAUAAUGACGAGGGUGCGGUGUGGUAUAGCGUUUCAAGGACCGUUAUCCACAACGAAUUCAAUGGUAUUGAGUGGGCAAUGACCCACGAUAUCGCGAUGCUGAUGACAGCUUCAAACAUCGUAUUCGGUCCAACAGUAGCACCUAUUCCAGUGCGGACAAAAAGCCCCAGACCAUCGACUCCGGCCCUCGUUUCAGGUUUCGGUGUCGUUGCGGAGGGCGAUGAGACUAUGUCUAAGAAAAUGAGACAGGUCUGGGUGACUGUGCUCGAUCAUGAUCAGUGCAUAAAGCUUCUUGACAAUGUUACGAAAGCGCUGCAAGUUAGCGACACGCAUUUUUGCGCCGCGUACUUACAAGGGGGCCGAGACGCCUGUCAGGGAGACAGUGGUGGUCCUAUAACGAUAGGUAAUUCUUUGGCCGGUAUCGUAUCCUGGGGGUUUGGAUGCGCCAAAAAAAUGGUACCAGCAUUUUACACUGACGUGUCCCAGUUUGUUCCUUGGAUGAGGAAUGUUACCAAGAAAUAUUAUAAUCCGGUUACCCAAUGAAGGUGUUAAUAACAAGUACGAGUAUUUGAAAUGAAAAAAAAAUCACUUGAAA